GUCGGGUACAUGCCGUCCACAACCUCCGAAAAGGAUUCGACAUGUAUGGCAGAAUAUGAUGACAACACGACUGUGAAAUACGGAAAUAUCGAGACAUCUUCAAGUUUUAAGACAGAAGUUGAUUUUGAGUGCUUGGUAUCAGAAAUGGCAUAUGGAAAAGGAGAAGACUCGACGAUCAUCACAAACGACAAUCCCGACUAUUUUCCGGAAAGUCUUUAUCAGGAUGCCAACAUUUCAACUGACUGUCAAACAGGAGAGGUUACAGAUGUUCCUGAUUCUAUGGGAUAUUGCAGAUGCAAGGAGAACAUUCCUGGGAAUAGUGAUAUCGGUGGCAAACAUCUUGAGAAUGGUUUACGUAGUUACCGUAAACAUUCUAAAUCCAAUCCUGCCAUCAACAGAAUUGUCUUGCAGUCAACUGUUACAACUGAUUACAUUAAUAACAACAACGAUCGUUUUCCGAAAUGCCAGCAAAUAUUUGAAUUCGGUCGAUCAUCGACAGAGAAUCACAAAAUAGAAGGUGAUAGGAAUGACGCUAACCUACACACAUUCAAGGGAAAUCAGGGGCGAAACACUGACGCAAUUAACACCCAUAAUGACAAAGGUAACACUUUCGAUAACGUAGUUUACGAUUAUCAUGACGUAGUUCACGAUCAUGAUGACACUACUGAUUGUUCAGAUGGAUACGGGAAAUUCAGAAAAGACAAAACAAACUGCAGCUCGGAGAACAACAAUUAUCUAAAUGGUUCUAUGGAUUCACCUCAUCGUUGUAUUAAUGUUAUCACGGAUAAUGUGCUACUAGGGUCAGAGGAAUCAAAGACCAGAUGUGAAACGGAUUUUUCUAAAUCAGUGUCCUCUAUUGGAAGUCAAUGUUUUGACAAAGACAAUAACAAAUUGCCAACGAAAGAAUCUAGGAUGAAGUCCAUGUUUAUCAAUAACUGGACACAAGGGUUACCCCAGACUGAUCACAUCAAUAACCUGCUGCUGCCGGAGGUAUGGGAUGAAAUAUCAGACACAUUACUGUCUCAGACAAACAGUGAUUAUCUGUUGAACUCAACUGAUGUUUUUUCUCCUGUUGGAUCCGAUUCUUGUACAUCGGUUUCGCUGGACGUGGGUGAGACUGCAUGUCCCUUUUCACCUGUAAGUGAAAUGCCACAAGAUUUGAAAAAGAUCUCGUGCUGCUCGAUAUCUUCUUUGUCUUCCUUGUCUAUAUCAGACUUUCUUCUUGGAUCAUCUUCUGAAAGUUCAUCCCCUUACGGAUCACAACUACAUUCAAGGAGAACGUCAAUUGACAGAACGGCUGACAAAGAGUUUCGUCAAUCAAGGCGAUCGUCAUUAUCAUAUAAUGAAAAUACACUGUCCAGGAGGUCGUCAACUACAUUCGAAGGGCGUAGAGAUUUUCCCAGAAGAUCGUCUGCCAUUUCUCGACCAGCAUCUCCAAUUAUCAAAGAUAAUAGCUCCUUGCAAUCCUCACGAAAAUCGUCAAUAUCCAAUCGCCGGAUGUCUGAUGGGUCAGACAUUUCCUCAAUUUCCCUCUCCGGUAUAUUCGCUAAGCCAGCUUCAUUGUUUUCUUGUUCCCCUGAUCACAUGGACGACACGGAUAGAACUGACACGCCGUCUCCCUCACCUUUUGGCCACCAGCUGAAAUAUUUCCAGGAUAAAAGAAAGAACGAGAUGUUUUUGGUGAAGACUACAACAGCCCGACUGGGUCUAAACACUAGAAGGGACAGCUACACUCUGUGGAGGGCGGACAAUCUAGAUACCAAAGGCCGACCGUUACUGAUGAAACCAGAAAUUAACAUCGGGCAGAAUUCCGAUGUAUUUACAAAAGAAAGGGUUGCAGCGAUCAAUCUGGCGAUGGACUGGGUCCGGGAGGAGCUGCAUCAGCUGAAGGAACAAGACGAGUCUCUGGCUCACCAAUUCUUAGAAAUAAGACGAACGAUUCAUGAACUAAAGCUGGACUGGAGUUGUAAGAGCCACAGGGAAAUGCUUAUUGACGACGAGGCCAAAAUCGAUGAAACCAAAAACCUUAAACGUGUUAGCGACCUUCCGGAGCAUCACACACUAGACGGGAUAUUUGGAGACAAGCGCAUCAUAAGAAGAAGUCUUGUGAAUCGCAAAUACUCUAUAUUCUAGGACAAACGACUAUGUGAUUGAUAACUCUAAAGGUCAAUAUUGUUGUUUCUCCCAUAACUACAUUGUAUAAAUAUGCAAUGUGAUGGUAAUACAUAAGUAACAAUCCACAGGUAACUGUAAACGUACAUUUUCUAGCGGGUUUCUAAUUUCAGCGUCUUUCACGCUUUACACAUAGCGCUAGGUUAUGACUGAGCUGAUCGAAAUUUAUGUAUAUAAUUUCCCAUUGCAGGUAUUUUGUUGCGCCAAUUUGUCAAUGCGUUAAUCUGUUUAAAUGCGAUAAUACGUUUAAAUUUAUGUCCGCUAAAAGGUGUAACUUUACAGUUAUGUCCACGCCAUGAAUUUUAUGUGUUCUUUGCACAACGCACCAAAAUGCAACUCCAUAAUGCUUUAGAGCGUCCUACAGUGAGUGUGUAGUAAUGAUGUGACACAACAUCAUGAUUUGUUCUGCAAUGAAACCCGAGCCGUCUAUGUACAGUGCUUUGGACAACAUGUAAACGAAGUUGUAGUAACGUUGCAAAUGACAUUCCUGGGACGUUUCAUUAUGUUUUGUUUCUACAACGUGUGUGUACCAUAUUUCGACAAUGAUUUAUUUAUAUUGUAUGGACCUUGUCAGAACGUCAUAAUUGUCACCAUAUAACACAAUAUAAGGAACCUUUUCUGUUUGAGAACCAGAUUAUAAGUGUAGUAAUCAAUAACUGGAUCGAAUGACCGCGAGUGACCAGUGUUCAGAUUUGAAAAACAAACAAACAAAAACGGAAUUGAAAAGUUCCGCGCAAAUUACUGUCUUGUUUUGCGUAAAACAAAAUAAAAUAUGUUAUUAGAAAUAAUACCUCUUUUAUUUGUCCCAAAAAAAAACAUGUCUUGGUUUUUUUAUCAUCAUCUACAUAUGCACAAGAAAGCAUCAAUAUUUAUCAAAGUGUAUAUUUGGAAUCACAAUCGUGUGCAUUGUGUCCGUAUGGAUCAUUGUGUAUGUAAAUCAUCAUGAAACACCGUCCACUAUAGUCACUAAGCAUGCAAUUAGUUUUAAGAGAAGCAGUGUAAAUAACCCCACUUUUUCUAGUUAUUUUGUGUAAUAGUAAUAUGAUGUUAGUAUAAAAAACAUAUGGAAGUAUUAACUUAGUAUGUUUCAUAUCAGGUGUGUUUCUAUUGUAUAUUUAUUUAUAUAUUAAGUAAAUUGUUUUAGGAGUUCUGUGUUGUUCAUAUAAGUUUUUGCUUUUUGUCGUCAAUGUUCUGUAUAACGACACCAUGGGAGACUCUGGCUCAAUCGGUCAUCGACGUUUACAUAAAGUUAUUACUUUGACGAUCAGCUUACAGGAAGCUCAUCUGAAAGCCUGUGAUCAAUAUAUAUUUUAUUUAUUACAAUAAAACAAUAUCCAU